GCCCCCGGCCCAGCCCUCUGUCCCCCGCGGCCUGCAGCCUGACUUCCUCCCCCCACCCCGCAGCUCGCCGCCCGGCUCCUCGGACGGGGCCGCCCCGAUGGGACGCCGCGCCCCGGCCCUUGCGCGCAGCUGAGCCGAGCGCCGCGGAGCCGAGCCGCGCCGCCGCCGCCGCCGCCGCCGCCAGCCUCUGCCCUGCUCGCCCCCCAGGCCGGGAGCCUCGUCCUCGGUCCCCCGGAAAGCUGGAUUUCCGAGGCUGGAGGCGCCUGGCCGACUGGGUGGGGACCACCAUGGGCAACGCGGCAGGCAGCGCGGAGCAGCCCGCGGGCCCCGCCGCGCCGUCCCCCAAGCAGCCCGCGGCGCCCAAGCAGCCGAUGCCCGCGGCCCGGGAGCUGGAGGAGAGGUUUAACAGGGUUCUGAACUGCAUGAACUUGCCCCCGGACAAGGUGCAGCUGCUGAGCCAGUAUGACAACGAGAAGAAGUGGGAGCUCAUUUGUGACCAGGAGCGGUUUCAAGUCAAGAACCCUCCCACAGCCUAUAUCCAGAAGCUGAAGAGCUACCUGGAAACCGGUGGGGUCGGCCGAAAGGUAGCAGCGGACUGGAUGUCUAACCUGGGGUUUAAGAGGCGAGUUCAGGAGUCCACGCAGGUGCUGCGGGAGCUGGAGAUCUCCCUGAGGACAAACCACAUUGGGUGGGUGGAAGAAUUCCUCAACGAGGAGAACCGCGGCCUGGAUGUGCUCCUCGAGUACCUGGCCUUUGCCCAGUGCUCCGUCACGUAUGACAUGGAGAGCACAGACAACGGGGUCCCCAGCUCAGAGAAGAGCAAGCCCCUGGAGCAGUCGGUGGAAGAUCUCAGCAAGGGUCCAUCCUCGGCCUUGCCUCCUCAGCCCAAGAGUCGCCACCUGACCAUCAAGUGCCCCCCUUCUCCCCGGCUGACCCCAGCCCACAGCAGGAAGGCUCUGCGGAAUUCUCGCAUUGUUAGCCAGAAGGAUGACGUCCAUGUCUGUAUCAUGUGCUUGCGUGCCAUCAUGAACUACCAGUCUGGCUUCAGCCUUGUCAUGACCCACCCAGCCUGUGUCAAUGAGAUUGCUCUGAGCCUCAACAACAAGAACCCCAGAACCAAGGCUCUGGUGCUGGAGCUGCUGGCGGCUGUGUGCCUGGUGCGAGGAGGACACGACAUCAUCCUUGCAGCCUUUGACAAUUUCAAGGAGGUGUGUGGGGAGCAGCACCGCUUUGAGAAGCUAAUGGAAUAUUUCCAGAAAGAGGACAGCAAUAUCGACUUCAUGGUGGCCUGCAUGCAAUUCAUCAACAUCGUGGUACACUCUGUGGAGAACAUGAACUUCCGUGUCUUCCUGCAAUAUGAGUUCACCCACCUGGGCUUGGACUUGUACUUGGAGAGGCUUCGGCUCACCGAGAGUGACAAGCUGCAGGUACAGAUCCAAGCAUACCUGGACAAUGUUUUUGAUGUGGGUGCGCUGCUGGAGGACACGGAGACCAAGAAUGCUGUGCUGGAGCACAUGGAGGAGCUGCAGGAGCAGGUGGCCCAGCUGACAGAAAGGCUUCGGGACGCGGAGAACGAAUCCAUGGCCAAGAUUGCCGAGCUGGAAAAGCAGCUAAGCCAGGCUCGAAAGGAGUUGGAGACCCUGCGGGAGCGCUUCAGCGAGUCGAACCCCAUGGGUGCCUCUAGGCGUCCUUCCGAGCCUGAGAAAGUGCCUACCCCCGUCCCUGCACGGCCUUCGGCCCUAGAGCUGAAGGUGGAGGAGCUGGAAGAGAAGGGGUUAAUCCGUAUCCUGCGGGGGCCCGGGGAUGCUGUUUCCAUCGAGAUCCUCCCGGUCGCUGUGGCAACUCCAAGCGGUAGUGACGCUCCGACUCCGACUCCGACUCCCACUCCGGGAGUGCCCACCGGCUCACUCAGCCCAGGCUCAGAUCUCCCACCUGCGGCAGAACCGGAGCCGGUUGCCGGAGCAGCACCCCCACCGCCACCGCCCCCACUGCCCGGCCUCCCCUUCCAGCAGGAAGCCACGCCUUUGGCGCCCCCUCUGGCCUCACCCCUCCCUGGCAGCUCAGAUCCCCCGCCCCCUCCCCCACCCCCACCCCCGCCGCUGCCGGGAGACUUGCCGCCCCCACCCCCACCGCCACCGCUGCCUUCUGGCACAGAUGGGCCGGUACCUCCGCCGCCCCCACCGCCUCCUGGAGGUCACUCUGAUGCCCCAGAGAUGGGCCCAGGAGUAAAGGCCAAGAAACCCAUACAGACCAAGUUCAGAAUGCCACUCUUAAAUUGGGUGGCCCUGAAACCCAGCCAGAUCACAGGCACCGUCUUCACUGAGCUCAAUGAUGAGAAGGUGCUGCAGGAGCUAGACAUGAGUGACUUUGAGGAGCAGUUCAAGACUAAGUCCCAAGGUCCCAGCCUAGACCUCAGUGCUCUCAAGGGUAAGGCAGCCCAGAAGGCCCCCAGCAAGGCCACCCUCAUCGAGGCCAACCGGGCCAAGAACCUGGCCAUCACCUUGCGCAAGGGCAACCUGGGGGCUGAUCGCAUCUGCCAGGCCAUCGAGACGUACGACCUACAAGCCCUUGGCCUGGACUUCCUGGAGUUGCUGACCCGCUUCCUGCCCACGGAGUAUGAGCGUAGCCUCAUUGCCCGCUUCGAGCGGGAGCAGCGACCCAUGGAGGAGCUGUCGGAGGAGGAUCGCUUCAUGCUGCGCUUCAGCCGCAUCCCGCGCCUGCCGGAGCGCAUGGCCACGCUCACCUUCCUGGGCAACUUUCCGGAUACUGUGCAGCUGCUCAUGCCGCAACUGAAUGCCAUAAUUGCAGCCUCAAUGUCCAUCAAGUCCUCUGACAAACUCCGGCAGAUCCUGGAGGUGAGAGCCCAGGGCAAGGGUCUGGGAAGCGGGGCCCACCUAUGGCUCCUUGCCCGUUCUGGGUCGUGUGAGAGGGAGAUCCGGGCCUUGCUCUGUCUGUACCCUUGGGAUGCAACAGUUAUGUUCUUAGCGCUCGCAGACACGGAAAGACAAAACUAAGGCAGGGGUGGAGGUCACGAUUAGCAGAGUACCCACACCUGCUUAGUGGAGUCUCAGGGAACCAGUAGAAAGACCAUGAUACUACAGCCUAGGUGAUGUCAGCAGCACCAUUUUGGGUAGGAAUGGCAGAGGACAAAAUUGGGUAUGCCAAGGGGCACCUGGCUGGCUCAGUCCAUUGAGCAUGCAGCUCUUUAUUUA